UGCCAAUAAGUUAGGUUUUGUAGUUUUCAUAUAAAAUUCAUUAAAACAACAUGUUGGAGUUAAACUUGCUUUUGUAUUUGUUUAUAAUCUUUAACUAUUUCCACUAUGGCGGAACUGUUAACUAUAAUCCAUAUGCAAGUAAUCAAGCUCACCUGUUACAUGCCACAAAUAUAGACAAUAAUAAUAACAAUAACAACAAUAACUACAAUAAGAAUCAUCUACAACAACCUGCCACCAAUGAGUAUUCUCUUUAUCAUCGACAAAAUCAUGUUGAAACACAAUCAGAGCAAAAUCUACAAGGAAAUUCAAAUUAUCAACAAAUGUAUCGUUAUUAUUAUACACCACCAGCUCAACAAUACCAUCAACAACAGCAGCAGCAACAGUUGCAAUCUUAUCAACCCACACAAAUAUGGUCUGGUCCACCUAUAGUGGUAGAGGAUGAUAUACAGCAACAGUAUCAGCCUUCAACAACAGAUAUUCCACAAACAUUGUACCAACAACAUUCUACUCGUACACAAUUGCCUUCACUUUAUAGGAAUUCGAAAGUAUUACCACCAACAAUUUACAACCCACAAACUACUCGUACCCAGUUUAAUUAUAACAACAACAACAACAAUAACAAUAUUGUUUAUCAUAGAGAUUUUAGACAUCAAAUUGAUGUCAUACCUGAAUCACAACAGCAACAACAACAUACUAAAGCAACUACACAACAAGAAAACAUCAUAUCUUGGAGUAAUCAACAGCAGCAACAACAUCAGCUACUGGAGCCACAGCAAAAACAACACCAGCAGCAGCAUCAGCCACAACAAUUUUAUGCCACUAAUACGAAUUUACGUUACAAUGGAAUUUCAAAUGAUUUAAUUUCGUUGAGUAAAAAUAAUGUGCCCGAUUAUAGAGAACAUUUUAAACGUUAUUUAGAAAAUAAUCCACAUCGCAUAAGACCAAUAUAUUAAAUUAGAAUGGACGAAGAAAGUGUUACCGCCUGUUCCUAUAAAUGUGAAAGAAUACUUCUUUCCCAUUUUAUAUUGAAAACAAUAACAAUUUUUCGAAUUUAUUUGUUAUUUUCAAAAUAAAACAUAAAAAUACUUGUUCGUUUGCAUUUAGAGGAACAGGCCCUUAAAGAGGAACGAUCAUGAAAUACUCUAACCCAUUUUUUGAUUAAUAAGUAGUUAUUAGUUUUUAUAAAUAAAAUAGUUAGUUUAUAUAUUAAGUCCAUUUGUUUCUAUUUUAUUGUUAAAUUUCUCGAAACUAAAGUUCCUAGAUACAAAUGAUCUUUCUAGGAAUUUUACUAAACUUAUAGCAGUGUCAAUUUAAAUCCCUCACGAU